AUGGAGGGCAAAGCAGUUAAUGUGAUCAAGUUCAAUGUCAGAGGAUUGAAUUUGUUGAAUGGACAGCUGACAAUUGAGGCCUCCUUCAAGACUGCAUCCAAAUCAAGAGUUGACAUAAGCUAUGACAGCUCUACUAUAAUCCCAGAUCAGGUAAAGCUAAUUCUAUUGAACGAUAAGAGACAUGCUGCAUUUGCUAACAUUUCGAAACUGCGGUCUGCGAUUGUAGUUUUGCAACUGCAGCCUAUAGUUUUCUUGCAGAACAUUUUAUUUAUAGCUGCAACACAAAUUAACCCUGAAUAA